AUGAUUCUGGAAAGAGAAAGUGUACCUUUGGGUGGUGAAGGAGUGAUUGUGGAAAUUGAAAAUGAGCCAUACCACGGGCUAUUUGAACAGCAAAAUUCUGCAACUCUUUGGGAUCCAAAACGCACUCCAAUCUAUGAUUUUUGUCUUCUGUUGGGGUUUGUGGUUCACCCUCACUGCUGAGAAGACUCCAUUCAGCUUUAAGAAAGAUAAUAUUAAAGGGAGAGUAUUAAAGAAUGAUUUUUAUGUCUUUCACUUGUGAAUUUAAGCAAUAUGUAAUUUUCCUCAAAAUUAAGACUCUUAUCUUAAUUCCUAAAACACAUGUCUCACUAGUUCAGAACAGUUUUUAUUAUUGUGUGCUAUCGAAUUUCACCGGAAAAACAUUACUUUGAAAACUAUAAGACAUUAAAUUCAUGCAUAAGCAUACAACUUAACUAAAAAAUUAAGUAAUUCUGCAUAGCCAAACCAUUAUCUUUUAAAAUGAUUUUUCAUGUAAAUAGACAUAAAAACACUUUGGUAUUAAUAUCUUUUUAAAUUGAAAAUACCUAAAUAACUCAGUAGACAAUUGUGGAUUUUUAGUUACUGAUUUACAAAAUAAUAGGCUACCUAUCUGAACUGAAUAAUAUGCUAAUGAAACUUCAUUUUUAACAUGGAAAUUUUCACUUACUUUCUGGUAUGGAUGGCCGUCCACUUGUCACACUAAGGUGACUCUCUGGUUGAACAUAUGAUCCCUCCGAAUCUCUACAAGACACAUGAUGAAGAACUUAAAAUAUAUUAUCAUUAACAAUUAACAUAGUUAUUUUUAAAAGCAGUUGUAAUAAAAAACAACAACAAACAAACAAAAACUCAGAAUA